CCCAGCUUGUCACAUGAAUCAACAGCACAAUCAUCACAUCAUGAGCUCGUACGGUGCCAGCACUGAAAACAGUGGCUCGAACCAGCAACAGUCGACACAAAGCAUUGCCGACUAUCUGGCACAGUUGCUGAAAGACCGCAAACAGUUGGCCGCCUUCCCGAACGUUUUUCUCCACAUCGAGCGUCUGCUGGACGAAGAAAUCUCCAAAGUUCGUGCCUCACUGUUUCACAUCAAUGGCGUAACGAAGGAACCGCUACAGCUGCCCGAACCCGAGGGCGAACCGGUCACCAUGAACGAGAAAGUGUACGUCCCGGUGAAGGAAUAUCCCGACUUUAACUUUGUCGGGCGCAUCCUCGGACCGCGCGGUAUGACCGCGAAGCAGCUCGAGCAGGAAACCGGCUGCAAGAUUAUGGUCCGAGGGAAGGGUUCGAUGCGGGACAAGAAAAAGGAGGACGCCAACCGGGGCAAACCGAACUGGGAGCACCUGUCGGACGAUCUGCACGUGCUGAUCACGGUCGAGGACACGGAAAACAGGGCCACGAUCAAGCUGAAGCGUGCGCUGGACGAGGUGAAAAAGUUGCUCGUACCGCACGCGGAAGGUGAGGAUGAGCUGAAGAAGCGCCAGCUGAUGGAGCUGGCCAUCAUCAACGGCACGUACCGGGACUCGACCACCAAGGUAGCGCCCGCCGACCAGACGUUCAACUUCGACCCGCAACAGUACACGGACGAGCGGUGGAAGCUGGCAGCGGCGGCUGCGGCAGCCGACUCUCGUAUGCUUAAUCCGUUGACUGCGGCCAACCUGGCUGCCGCUAAUUCGCUGGCCGCCCGUACCGCACCGAACCCGCUCGGUGCGCCGAUCAUCCUGUCGCCCCGCAUUUCCGUCCCGACGACUGCCGCCAGCCUGAUACCGGGGUCCGGGCCGCCGCCGACGAUCGACCACACGACCGGGCUGUUCUACACGUCGUCACCCUACACGGACUACAGCUACGCGCUGGCGGCCGCCGGCAAUCCGCUGCUCACGGAGUACGCCGAUCACAGCCAGCAGCAGCAACAGCAGCAGGCUGUGCCGGACCAAUACUUUCCUCAGUACCACAGCCAGCCGACCCUGCACUACAGCUUGCCCCAGCUAUAUCAGCAUCCUACGUUCCAGUAUCAGCAAUUAUUGCACCACCGUACACAACCGCUACGUCAUACCCAUCAGCCGCACCGUCUCCGCUAGCGUU